CAAAUAUAGGUCAUCCUAAGUAGAACAAGCAUGGCUGACGACAGUUUGAGGUUUGAUGGCCGAGUGGUGCUUGUGACGGGUGCUGGCUCAGGUCUUGGAAGGGAGUAUGCCUUGGAAUUUGGAAAGAGAGGAGCUUCAGUUGUUGUCAAUGACCUGGGAGGUGACAUGAAAGGUGGUGGUAAGGGCUCUGCUGCAGCUGACAAAGUUGUUGAAGAAAUUAAAGCCAUGGGAGGAAAAGCAGUUGCUAAUUAUGAUUCAGUGGAAAAUGGUGAAAGUGUUGUGAAGACUGCCUUGGAUGCUUAUGGUAGAAUAGAUGUAGUCAUCAAUAAUGCAGGCAUUUUGAGAGACCGUUCCUUCCCCAGGAUAAGUGAUGAUGAUUGGGAUAUCAUCCAGAGAGUUCAUCUACGGGGUUCAUUCUCCGUCUCCAGGGCAGCAUGGCCACACAUGAAAAAGAACAAUUAUGGCAGGUUUAUUUUGACAACAUCAUCUUCAGGAUUGUAUGGAAAUUUUGGACAGGCCAAUUAUUCAGCAGCCAAGAUGGGUCUAGUUGGUAUGGGCAAUACAAUGGCCAUCGAAGGGAAGAAAAAUAAUAUACUUACAAAUACUAUUGCACCAAUGGCAAGUUCUAGGAUGACCAAGAGUGUAAUGCCACCACCUGUAUUUGAGGCACUGAGUCCGACAUAUGUUGUUCCACUGGUGGUGUACCUGUGUCAUGAAAGUUGUGAGGAGAAUGGCGGGCUGUUUGAGGUGGCUGGAGGGUGGAUGUCCAAAUUGCGACUUGAAAGGACACAGGGUGCUUUGGUGAGAACAAAGGAUGGGCCACUUCCAGCAGAAUCAGUUAGAGACAGUUGGGAGAAAAUAUGUGAUUUUACAGAUGCUACUUAUCCAGUUGCAGGUCCAGAAAAUACCAUGCUCUUGAUGCAGAAGUUAGAAGAACUGAAGGCUGAAGGAGAGCAGAAUUCAGAUAACUCUGAGAAAGGCUUGACCAGCCUGAUUGGUAAGAAAAUACCUGCUCAGUCCUUCACGUACAAUGCAGAUGAUGUGAUACUGUAUGCACUUGGAGGUCUUGGAAGGGAGUAUGCCUUGGAAUUUGGAAAGAGAGGAGCUUCAGUUGUUGUCAAUGACCUGGGAGGUGACAUGAAAGGUGGUGGUAAGGGCUCUGCUGCAGCUGACAAAGUUGUUGAAGAAAUUAAAGCCAUGGGAGGAAAAGCAGUUGCUAAUUAUGAUUCAGUGGAAAAUGGUGAAAGUGUUGUGAAGACUGCCUUGGAUGCUUAUGGUAGAAUAGAUGUAGUCAUCAAUAAUGCAGGCAUUUUGAGAGACCGUUCCUUCCCCAGGAUAAGUGAUGAUGAUUGGGAUAUCAUCCAGAGAGUUCAUCUACGGGGUUCAUUUGCCGUCUCAAGGGCAGCAUGGCCACACAUGAAAAAGAACAAUUAUGGCAGGUUUAUUUUGACAACAUCAUCUUCAGGAUUGUAUGGAAAUUUUGGACAGGCCAAUUAUUCAGCAGCCAAGAUGGGUCUAGUUGGUAUGGGCAAUACAAUGGCCAUCGAAGGGAAGAAAAAUAAUAUACUUACAAAUACUAUUGCACCAAUGGCAAGCUCUAGGAUGACCAAGAGUGUAAUGCCACCACCUGUAUUUGAGGCACUGAGUCCGACAUAUGUUGUUCCACUGGUGGUGUACCUGUGUCAUGAAAGUUGUGAGGAGAACGGCGGGCUGUUUGAGGUGGCAGGAGGGUGGAUGUCCAAAUUGCGACUUGAAAGGACACAGGGUGCUUUGGUGAGAACAAAGGAUGGGCCACUUCCAGCAGAAUCGGUUAGAGACAGUUGGGAGAAAAUUUGUGAUUUUACAGAUGCUACUUAUCCAGUUGCAGGUCCAGAAAAUACCAUGCUCUUGAUGCAGAAGUUAGAAGAACUGAAGGCUGAAGGAGAGCAGAAUUCAGAUAACUCUGAGAAAGGCUUGACCAGCCUGAUUGGUAAGAAAAUACCUGCUCAGUCCUUCACGUACAAUGCAGAUGAUGUGAUACUGUAUGCACUUGGAGUUGGUGCAUCUACAAAACAACCUGAUCACCUCAAGUUUCUCUAUGAAGGGUCUGAAGAUUUUAGUGUCAUUCCAUCCUUUGCUGUAAUUCCUGCUCAGGCAGCCACUGGGGCUGCUUUGUCAUCCAUUGGCUCUAUGGUAGACUUGACUAAACUCCUUCAUGGAGAGCAGUAUUUGGAGGUGUUCAAGCCUUUCCCCACCAGUGGCACACUGAAGACACAGGCAGUGGUAUCAGAUGUGCUAGACAAAGGAUCAGGAGCAUUGGUAAUUCUAGACACUGAUACUUAUGAUGAGUCUGGAGAAAAGUUGGCUCGCAACCAGUUUAGUCUUUUCUUUGUGGGCUAUGGAAAUUUCGGUGGCAAACGCACAUCUGACAAACAGAUCAAUCCAAGCAAAACACCAUCUAGAGCACCAGAUGCCAGCAUCAAGGAGCAGACAACGAAAGACCAGGCAGCCCUCUACAGAUUAUGUGGUGAUCACAAUCCAUUGCACAUUGAUCCAGCAUUUGCAGCUAUGGGAGGCUUUGACUCUCCAAUUCUUCAUGGGCUCUGCUCCUUUGGUUAUGCCACCAGACAUGUACUGAAGCAGUAUGCUGGAAAUGAUGUCAGCAAAUUUAAGGCAAUCAAGGUCCGUAUGGCUAAACCAGUGCUGCCAGGACAAACUAUUCAGACAGAUAUGUGGAAGGAUGGCAACAGGAUACACUUCCAGAGCAAGGUGGUGGAGAAUGGUACGGUAGCUUUAUCAGGUUCUUUCAUAGACUUGGCUGACACUUCGUCGUCUGCCUCUGUCUCUUCACAGCCAAAGUUAUUUUUAUCUUUGGAUCUACAGAGCAGUCCAGGGAAGGUGUACAAAGGGGCACCCAAAAAUGUAAAGCCAGGCUGCACUUUAACACUAGCAGAUGAGGACAUGGUUACCUUGGUGAAAGGAAAACUUAAUGCACAAAAGGCCUUCUUUUCUGGACAGUUGAAAGUGACAGGCAAUGUGAUGUUAAGUCAGAAGUUAGAGAUGCUAUUCAAGCAACAGGCCAAGUUGUAAAUGCCGACACUAAAUAGAAUGCUGUCAAGUUAUGCUCAUGGUAAUAUGUAUUUGAGGCAGUGCAAUGUCCAUAACAAAUCAGGACAUUUAUGGUAUUAGGAUACAACACUAGAUAUGAAGUAGACAUUUUCUGUUGGGAGAAAAAAGAAAUAUGCAAAAAUCACGGCUUACAACUUUUCCAUCAGUGAAUGAAAAUGAUGGCAGAAAAUCAAAUCAAUAACCCUACAAUAAAUGCUUGUGAUUGAAUGAAAGGUGCUGACCUCUUUUAUUGGGAAGAGGAGCUAACUGCACCAUACUUUUACCUUCAGUUCGAUAUAAGGUAAUCCAAGCUUGAAAACACUUUAAAUCCAAAAGAAAUGAAGGAAAAAAGAACUGGUGAUGUGAUAAAAAAAAUCAGACAUUUACAACAUUAGAAUAUAAUUGUAGCAAAUGCUUCAUAAAUUCAGGGUUUGUACUCAUAAGGUUCAACAAAAUUUCAGGAUUUUUCCAGGAUUAUUUUUAAAUUUCCAGGUGUAAAAACUUUCUAAUAUUUGAGGCUGUAAGUUAUAUUUCAUGAAAGGGAGUAUCAAGUUUGAGAUCAUAAUACAGUCAUAUUUUAUUAAGCCUAAAAGAAAACACAAAAUUUUCUAUAAAACAUUUUAAUUAUUCAAAUAAAUUUGUAGUUUGACUAUUGCCGAAACAUGCCGAUCACACAUGAGACAACUAGCGGUCAUGAGGGAAAACCAAAAUUAUAAAUAAACCGAGCAUGAACUAGUAUUUACGAUAGCGAUCGUGAAAUUUUAUCAAAUUUAAUGUGUUUUCCAGGUGUAAUUUUACAUUUAUUAAAAAUAAAACACCUAUUUCUCCAGGUUUUCCAGGACCUGGAAAUUUCAAAAUAAAUAUCCAUGAUUAUUCCAGGUAGUGUA